GCGGCCUGCGCAGGCGCAGUCUCAGGACUUUCCAGGGGGCGCCGCAGCCCAAAGCACCUCUCAGUGGCCGCGUCCCCGCUCCGAGGUACCUCCGACACUGUGUUGCUGUUAUAUUCGUUCUCAAAGGAAGAGCAGCCCUUCUGUUGCUCGUAACGGAAAACCGAGAUGAGCUUUCUCCAGCUAAGUCACAGACUCCGGGCUGGAGCACGUGCAUCCCAGUUUAAAAUAAGAGAAGAGCUUCAGCACCUUCUCUGAAGCGUGAGAGUGUGACGUUCUUGAGACAGACAACAAGCAAAUGAAGCGAUCAGUUCCGGGAUUCUCUUCAGACUGAGUUGAGCUUCAAGGUGCUGAUAGAACCAGCAGCGAUUGCAGUCUUCAAAGGGCCUUGGGAAUGUUGUACUUCUUGUCCCUUUGCACUGGCUACACACUGAUCGCCUUAGCUGCUGCAGAUUCUCCACAUCUGUUGGUGCUUAAGUGAUGAAACAACCUCACAACGCGAAAUGUCAUCCUGUCACGCUGUUACAGCACAGCCAAGUUACAGCUUCGAGACAACAGCACCGGGCAGGCGUGCCCUCCCGCACGCUCGGGACCCGGAGCGGGGCGGCGGCGAGCCGUGGAGGGCGCCCACGCGAGCAUCGCGGCGCCGGUGCGGCCCGGACACGAACAUGAAGUCCGAGCGAGAUACUCUGGAUGAGUAUUUUGAGUACGAUGCAGAGGAGUUCCUGGUCUCUCUGGCCUUGCUAAUAACAGAAGGACGGACACCAGAAUGCUCUGUGAAGGGCCGCACAGAGAGCCCCCAUUGCCCCCCAGCACAGUCCUGCCUCCCAGCUGCCACCCGACAUGAGUGCAGCGACAAGCUGGCCCAGUGUCGCCAAGCCAGACGCACCAGGUCUGAGGUCACUCUUCUGUGGAAGAGCAACCUCCCGGUCAUGGUGGAGGUGAUGCUGCUCCCGGACUGCUGCUACAGUGACGACAGCCCCAGCACUGAAGGGACCAACCUGAACGACCCUGCCGUCAAGCAGGAUGCCCUGCUGCUGGAGAGAUGGAUCCUGGAGCCAGUGCCUCGGCAGAAUGGCGGUCGGUUCGUUGAGGAGAAGACUCUCCUGCUGGCUGUGCGCUCGUUCGUGUUCUUUUCCCAGUUAAGUGCUUGGCUGAGUGUCUCUCACGGUGCUGCCCCACGAAACAUCUUGUACAGGAUCAGUGCCGCUGAGGCAGACCUGCAGUGGCGCUUCCCCCAGACUCCAGUCGAGCACGUGUUUCCUGUCCCCAUCGUUUCUCACAGUAUGGCCUUGAAAGUCAGCGUUCAGUCCCUGCCCCGACAGUCUAAUUACCCAGUCCUGAGCUGUAGCAUUCACACGAAUCUUGGCCUUUAUGAGGACAGGAUUCAAGAGCACGAGCGAAAAGCCCGUCAGCACUGCAGUCCCACUGAAGCAGAGCAGUACAGUGCAAACGGCUCGCAGCGCCUGUGCAGCAGACAGGCGUGGACCGCGGGGCCAGAGAGUGUGCCACAUGUGAGAAGCGGCCCUGCUCCUGAGCACACUGCAGCCACCAGAAACGGUGGGCCCCAUCUGGCCUCGGGCAGGAAGUCCCCUUAUGGUACAUCUCGGGCCAGUCUUCUGGGCUCAAGUGGCUUAGGAGAUAUGAAGCCACAUGAAACGUCCAUGAGAACUUGGAAAUCAGUUUCAGUGGUGGAUUCUGGUGUCUCCAGCCACCAGAGCUCCAGGCAGCCAGCUGGUGAGACAAACCCUCUGAUAAACUCCUUAAUCCAGGAUCGACAAGAAGUCAUUGCGAGAAUUGCUCAGCACCUGAUUCAUUGUGACCCAAGCACUUCCCAUGUUUCCACACACCCAUUCGCCACUCAAGAGUCCAGUGCCCUGCAUCCAAAACUGUGCCAGGCUUCACACGAGAGGGACGAUGUGAGAAAAUGUAAAGAUGCAUUCUCUAUUUCUUUUGGUGGUCCAGAGUUCACUCCCACAGAAGACACUAGUGAGGCAAAAACUCGAGGGAAACCGGACCCUCUGAGAAGCGAGCCUCGCAUCUCUGGUGGUCUGCACCCUCACCAUGGUGCUGGAGAGGCGAGCCCUCUGAUAGGCUCCUUACUGCAGGAGCGGCAGGACGUGAUUGCCAGGAUCGCACACCACCUGGAGCACAUUGACCCUGCAGCACCCCGCGCUCCCCAGCCCGCCUUCCAUCUGCACGACCCCAGCAGCCUUCCUUCCAAAGUGUUCUGGAAUUCCUGUGAUGACAAGCACUUGUGGAAGAACGGGAAUGGUGGCUCUGCUUCCCUUCCUCCUUCAAAACCAUCCUUGUUGGGAGACAGCGCUGAUGGGAAAAGCUUACUACCUGACAAGGCUUGUAGUUCUUUCAGAUGCAGCAGUAGAGAAAAGUCCUCCAUGGAACCCCAAGUGCAGACUCGGCACCAGCACAGUCCCUGUGACAGUGUCCAGAGCGGGUGUCCAGAGACACAGGACAGAGCCACUGCUCUGUUGGCUUCCUCACAUGUGUCCCAGUGCAGUGACAGUGACGUAGGCUUGAUCAGCAGAUUGGAAAAUACACUCGAGGAGUCACAAUUGAAGAAGCAAGAAGGCAGCACUGGAAUUGAGAAACAGUAUUCAGAUUGCAACAAUAUUGAUAACAAGAUCUUCGUGAAUAAGUGUAAAGGGAAAAUAAUAAACAGUGACCACUGUAAUCCCAAAUCUUUCGAUAAUCUCCAGUUUAAUAACUCAAAAAAAAUUGACUCAAAUAUGAAAGUUAAUACGUUGGAAAUGCCUGAAUAUUUGAACAGGUAUGAAAAUAAUUGCUCAAAUAAAGACUCAAAAAAGCUGAAGACAUAUGAGCAAAACACUCAAGUUAAUAGCAUAGAGAAUUAUCUCAGUAAAGAUAACGAAGGUUUCAAAUGCAAAAAAUCAGACCAAUUAAAAAAUGAGGACAAGAAAGAUUCAGUGGCUGAAAAAUCUCGAAACUGUUCUCAGAGAAAGAGUAUAAAAGACUGUUUGUCUACUUGUGAUCAACUGAAAAAUACAAAGAUAUUGGUUCCUCAGAGAAAAGCACAAUCAGGUUGCUUUGAUCUGGAUUCUUCAUUACUACAUCUGAAAAGCUUAUCAUCUAGAAGUCCUCGACCAUGUUUAAACAUUGAAGAUGAUCCAAAUAUUCACGAACAACCUUUUUUGAGUUCUAGCGCUCCACCUAUAACAAGUCUUAGUCUCCUAGGAAAUUUUGAGGAGUCUGUUCUGAACUUCCGUUUGGACCCCCUCGGGGUGGUUGACGGCUUUACUGCCGAGGUAGGGGCCAGCGGUGUGUUCUGCCCCACACACCUGACCCUCCCGGUGGAGGUGUCCUUCUACAGUGUUUCUGAUGACAACGCCCCCUCUCCUUAUAUGGGUGUGAUUACUUUAGAGGCCCUUGGUAAAAGGGGUUAUCGAGUACCUCCUUCAGGAACAAUACAAGUGACCUUAUUCAACCCCAAUAAGACUGUGGUGAAGAUGUUUGUUGUGAUGUAUGACUUGCGGGACAUGCCAGCCAACCACCAGACAUUCCUACGGCAGAGGACCUUCUCCGUGCCUGUGAGGCCCGAGGCCCGGAGAAGUGUUGGCAAGGACAGCGUCCGGCACACGGAAGAGCGCUUGUUACGCUACCUCAUCCACCUGAGGUUCCAGAGCUCCAGAUCUGGAAAGAUCUACCUCCACAGGGACGUGCGACUCCUGUUCUCCAGAAAGUCCAUGGAAGUCGAUAGUGGUGCUGCAUAUGAACUCAAAUCAUACACGGAGUCGCCAACAAACCCUCAGUUCUCACCACGAUGCUGACCAGCAGUAACACACUGGAGUGUUUGCUCAGUGCCCGGGUUUGAGGUAGAUUCCCAUAGAGUGGCGGGCACCAAAGGGCAGUCAGGAGAGUGGCUCCUCUCCCACCACCCUGGACCAGUUUCACUGAAGGCUCCCGGCGGGCGAGGAGGCCCCGAACCCGCAUAGAUGGAAAGUGGAAAGCGCUCUCAUCCCAGCCCCUUCGUACUGUGGAAACCACUUCGCUGGACACGUUGCAAUAGCAAAGGCCCUGUAGUUAGUGUUUACACGUUUCAUUUGUUAUUUAAUAUUUAAUGUUUUCCUUAAUACUCAAGUGAUGUUUGUCUGUAGUGUUCUAAUGUAGCACAAAUCUUAUGUGAAAUCAUACUAUGUAUUUUUGACAUUAAUGUUGGAAUCUGAAAUAUAUGCACAAGUGUUUAAUUUUGUGUGAUGUGUUUUAAAUGCUAUUCAUUUAAACUUGAGAAUGACAAUGAACUGUUGAGCUUCUCUGCGGCUAGUGCACUAUGCAAGCAUGCAUCCUUUUUCUAUGGCAUGCGGGGCGCGGGCUAGACACGAGCUCUGACCGACUGUCUUGCCACUCUGAUUCCUGUCAGGCUCCCCGUCCUCAGACAUUCUAUUUUCCUUAAUCACUACUUGAGAGGCUACAUUAAACUGCUGUCCCAUGCUAGAUAAUUUUCUGAAAUUGUUAAAGUAAUAUGUACUUUGAAAACAAAUUAGUAUUUAUAUUGUAAAUAUAUGCCAAAAAACUAAAAAA